UUAGGUGACACUUCGACAUGGGGCAGCCUGUACUCGACCCCUGAGGAUCCUCCCUCUGUUGUGUGGAUUUGGUGGAGCCGCCUAGAACCACGCGGUUCCACGGGCUACUGGGCAGGAGAACGAGAGACCAGAAGAUCAGUGGCUCGUCUCCCCAUUAUCCGUGUGCCAGAGGUUCUCAUAGGAUUGUUCUGCGAAGGCAACCGUGGAAACAACUGGAGAGACUUGCCGUCUGACUCGCCGGUGGGCAGAUGUUUGUUGUGACGCCGCUGGUGUGGAUCCCCGUGCUGAAAGAAGCAGAGGAGGAAACGCUGCAGUGAGGGAGGCUUAUGUCAGGAAUGAUGCAACCGUUUCCCUUUAAAACACCCACAAAGAUCUCGCUGAUAACAGCUGGCGCACAUUGUACUUUGACCCCUGCGGCUCUGUGAGUGGAGAAGGAUCACGCUUCACAUUUGGACUAACUCAGCUUGCCGCUGUGGAGCACCAUGUCAACUUCCGUACAGGUCGAGCCGUUCACGGAGACACGGUACGGAGGAGUCGGCCGCUGCAAGUGCUCCUUCUGGAUGGCGGUGGUCCACGACGUGGUCGGCCUCUUCAUCAUGAUGGUGGGCGUGUUUGCAGGGCUGGUCAUCCACGAUUUGUUCAUCUACGCGGGGGCCAUCAUGAUCUUCCUCAGCCUGAUCUGGUGGGUGUUCUGGUACUCGGGGAACAUCGACGUGCCCCCGGAGGAGCUGGAGGACGACGUGGGCAUUAUCAAGCUGAAGGAGCUCGGACUGGGCCGGGCGGCGAGACCCGUGUCUGAGCGCUUCACCAGCAGGAUCAGGAACUCUUUCGGGAAGAACGGCUGGAACAUCGGGGGAAGCAACAGGCCCGCCAUGGAGGUGUCACUCUCCACUAUCUACAACUCCGCCAUGGCCGCCUCUUCUAAAGGACCCGCGAGAGAGCCAUUGGCCAUAUGAAGUGACCUGUUCACCACAGACUGAACUUGGAUCUAUACGUUUGUUUAUUCUGUCUCUGUGUUUGCGCCGCUAACGUGCACCGAUAAUGAUUUGACAGCGUGGAGUGUUGUCUAGAUAACGUCCACAUGUUCUUAUCCAGCCGAUAAGAAGUAAACCUUGCACACUAUUACAAAGUGCAGAAAAUUGUUUUAUUUAGAAACCACAUGGCCACAUCAGUCAUGUUGUGUUGAUUCACAGAUAUUGCACAGUAGGGAUAUGAGUGUUAAUAGAAAAAUAAAGGCUGUAAUAAGGGACUUUUAUGAUGAGGCUGAUUGUGUGACUGGGAUAUUUAUAGCUGCUUUUUUGCAGCCAAGAGAAGUCACGCAUUUCUUACUUAUUCAUUUUAAUACCUUUUAUAAUUGAAGCUAUAAUCUAACUUGUGUAACAUGUUUCAAUGCCAUCUGUCUGGAGGGUUUUCAGUCUAACAAGCUGAUUGCUUAUUUUCAAUGCAGUUGAAUAUUGGAUAUGCUUAUCGAAUGCAUUUAUCAUUGAUAAAUAAUGUUGCUUUUCUGUGCUAUGUAUGACCUCCCACCAAAAAAAGAUCUAAAAUGAGUGGUAACUCUCCAACAUGUAUCAGCUCACGUAGGUACAGACUUUCCACUUCACUCUGCUCGCCCCAGGUGGUCCCUUCCCAUGAACCCUAAUCUGUCUGAACCGCAGGGACACCAGUUACCCCUGUGAUCCCAAUGGAGAUUUAAUGGUAUGAUAAUAAUAAUGGUAGUUCAGGUAUUUAAUGCCUCUAUGUGGCUACCUGUUUCAGUCACGGUGGUCUCAGGUAUUUUGAGGUCUCGGCGGCCGUCCUCGGCUUGGCAGCGUCCCAGACACCGCUUUUCGACUUGAAAUUGCUUUAGUUUUCAAGUUAUUUGAAGUUCUGGUCUGAAAGACAUAUUCAUAGAAAAAGUCAAUUGUAUCAGUUGAUGUGUGUCCUGGCCACAGAGCUCAUCAUACCACUGUAUACCUGUUUUUAUUUGUUAACAGGUCAUACGAGCCAAUAGAUUCUGUUCUGUUGUUUUUUUCAAAUGUCACGUUGUCUGGAAUGGAAUUCUCAUCACUGAGCUCGCGCGUACGCCGUCAAUCAGGUGCAGUACCCUUUUCAGCCACAGCGACGUGCCAUUGGGCUGGUGGCGCUGUUUCUACAUAGAUGGACAGUAAACAGAUUGAAACAUGGCUACUUGGACUAUAAUGAAUUCCCUGUGAGGGGACACAAAUGACAUAAUUGAAACAUAUCAUCCUAGACGUGUGCGUUGUAUCUUUAAACAAACAAAAGUCAACUUCAUUCAGAUGAGCUUAGUAGAGCCAAACUCCUUUUGUAAUUUGUGGCAUAUUUGUCCCAUUGUUUUUUCUAACAAUUGUAUUUCUGUUUUUCUGUAUAUUUGUGUGUUUUGUUCUUUCUCUUUUUGGUCAGAUCAAUUUGAAAUCCUUUUAGUUUUUCAUUUAACUUCACAAUACUUCUACUCCUUUACUUAUGUGUAUUGUGUUUACUUCUUUGUCCAUAUAAAUAAACUCAAACUAAAAGAA